GACCGCUAUGGCAACAGCGGCAGCGGCAGCGGCAGCGGCAACAGCAGCCAGGACGCCCCCCACGGCUACCGCCAAUCCAGAGGCCCCUCCCGCUUCUCCGAUGCCGGCCCCGUGAACAACCACCGCGGCCGCCGCAGCCCCGGCAGCUUCCGCGGCGGCGGCGGCGGAGGGGCGGCGGCGGCCACCGACCUUUCGACAGCCCGCCCCGGCAGGGCCCCGGCGGAUUCCGGGCGGCCGGCGGCCGGGGCGGCGGCGGCGACGGGUACAGGGGCGCCGGAGGGGGCGGCGGGGGCGGGGGGAGAGGGUUCGGGCAGGGCUACGAUGCGCCGCCGCCGCCUCCCCUGGCUGGGCAGAAGCGGGGGUUUUCUGGCAGGGGAGGAGGAUCUCCUAAUCCGGAUCAUUUCGAUGGAGCUGCUUUUGCUAAACUUUUUGUUGGAUCAGUUCCAAGGAGUGCCACUGAGGAAGAUAUUCGCCCGUUGUUUGAAGAACAUGGAAACGUUAUAGAAGUUGCCAUGAUUAAGGACAAGAGAACGGGACUACAGCAAGGAUGUUGUUUUAUCAAGUAUGCAACCUCUGAGGAAGCUGACAAGGCCAUUAGAGCUUUACACAAUCAAUACACACUUCCAGGGGGAGUUGGUCCAAUUCAAGUUAGAUAUGCUGAUGGAGAACGAGAACGACUUGGUGCGUUUGAGUACAAGCUGUUCGUGGGUUCUCUAAACAAACAGGCCACUGUAAAAGAAGUGGAGGAAAUUUUCUCACCAUAUGGUCGAGUUGAGGACGUUUAUCUCAUGCGCGAUGAAAUGAAGCAGAGUCGUGGUUGUGGAUUUGUCAAGUACUCUCAUAGAGAUAUGGCGUUGGCAGCUAUAAAUGCUUUGAAUGGAAACUAUACAAUGAGAGGUUGUGAUCAGCCAUUAACAGUUCGAUUUGCUGAUCCUAAGCGGCCUCGGCUUGGUGAUACAAGUUCCAAGGGUGGUCCUGCUUUUGGAGGCCCAGGCUUCGGUCCUCGUUUUCAGGCCCCAGAACUAAGCAGAGGGCAGCCCAACUUUAGUGACACUGUGGGUGAUCGGAUUGCGCCAAGUGCCUGGAAUCCAAUGAAUACUCAGAACCUAGGGCCAUCAUCAUUUUCAGGCCAUCCCAAUUUUGGUGGUCAGUUAUAUCCCAAGUCUGGUGAUGUAUCUAAGCCUCUAAAUCCUAACAUUUCCUUGGGGGGUCCUAGCGUGCCAACAGAUGGUCUUCUUCCUUCACCGGCAGCUCCAUCCUCGUCUAUGGCACAACAGAGUUAUCAGUCUUUUCAACAGUUCCCAUCUAUGGGUCAGCAAAUAGCACCUUUACAAAAGUCUCUUCAGUCACCUCAGCAGUCACUGCCUUCUCUAUCACACAAUCAACCUUCAACAUCAUACACGCAGACACAAACUUCUCAUGCAAUGUCAGGGCAAUUAAACCAGCUGCAAAGUCCUCCUCUCGCGACACCUUUCAGCCGACCACUGCCAUCACAGCCAAUGGUUGGUUCAAGCGGGCAGUUAACUGCUACUCAUCCUGCUGCCCAGCAGACCGCCUCCUCUGUGACAGUACAACAAGCCCCUUUAAAUAUGAAUUUGCUAUCCCAGCCUCGGCCUAGUACAAUUAAUCAACCGCAAGUGCCUGCUCCUGGUCAACAGCACUUGCUUCAGUCGUUUCAGCAGUCCCCAUCACCGUUGGCUCAGAUGCUGUCACAGCAGACACAGGCCUUGCAGGCUAGUUUUCAAUCAUCUCAGCAUGCUUUUUCCCAGCUGCAGCAGCAAGUGCAGAUGAUGCAUCCAUCGAAUCUAAAUGCAGUUCCACAACAAGCUCUGCCAACAAAUCAGCAGCCUCAGUGGAACAAUAAUGUACAGCAGCCAGUGGUAAGCACGUCAACAACUACAACAGCUGCAGAAGUGCCUUCAUCAUCAUCCGUUGCACCUGUGAUACCUGUAUCGACUCCGAAUCUUGCUCCUGUAAAAUGUAUUUGGACAGAGCAUACAUCGCCGGAUGGAUUUAAGUACUAUUAUAAUUGUGUAACUGGAGAAAGCAGGUGGUUGGAGCCUGAGGAGUUGAAAAUAUUUAGGCAGCAACAGCAGCAGCAACCACCAAAGUCAUCAGUUCAGCUAACUCAUGCCCAACCCCCUCAACUGUUGCCUACUCAGCAGGGUGCACAAACACAGCAGCCGCAGCAGCAUUCUCAACUUCAGGGACAGCUACCUCAGCAGCUGUUACAACAGCCUCUAUUGUCUUCAUCGUAUCAGGCUUCUGGGCUGCCAAGUCACCAUAAUUUUCAGGAACUUGGUUAUUCACAAUAUCAAGCAGCAGCUAAUUCAGUAAAUGAUCCAGCUCGCUUCCAGCAGGGUUUUCAGGCUGCUCAGCAAUGGAUGCUGAAGAAUAAGUCAACAGGUACCUAAGUGGAGCAGCAAAAUAUAAGGCGGUCCCAGCAAAUUGUCGCAGCAUGUAGAAUGCCGUAAUGUUUUUGUACUUGAUGGUAGGAUAGAUCAGCCAGCAAAAUUUGUAAUUACCGAUGAUUGAUGUAGCAUAUUUUCUUCUAUAUCCUUUAAAGGUUCUCGCUUUGCUGGCUUUCGAUGAGAAGCCCGUGUGCCGUGGAUAACUGCAUAAUAAACUCUGUGGUUGAAUCGAAA